AUGGGUACUAAGUACCUUGCCAUCUUGGCAUUCGCUGCCUGCAUCCUACGGUCGGUCGCAGCAACCCCAUCUCUGAGUCUGCAGAAAGAUGCUCGACAUGGGGUUAUUGCUCCAAAGGUGGUGAUCAUCAGCAUGUUUUCAUUAGAGGCGGCUAUUUGGCCUGAGCAAUUGGGCUUGUAUGCACGGAAUAUCACCACUCCAGGCCUUUCACCUGAAUAUCCCGUUGUACACUGUGAUGUUAAAGGAGAGGUUUGUCAAUUGACGACCGGGGAAGGCGAAAUCAACGCUGCCUCAACUAUCAUGGCAUUUGCUCUAUCGAGACAUUUUGACCUCUCAUACACCUAUUUCCUGAUCGCUGGUAUUGCUGGGGUAAAUCCGUUCUAUGCUACGACCGGCUCUGUCACCUUUGCUCGUUAUGCCGUUCAAGUAGCCCUUCAGUACGAGAUUGAUAUCAGAGAGCUGCCUUCAAACUAUUCCACGGGAUACAUUCCACAGCAUUCAAUGGUGCCAGAAACCUAUCCUGGGACAGUAUAUGGCACAGAGGUUUUCGAACUCAACGCUGCACUUCGAGACCGGGCUAUUGCUCAGGCAAAGAAAGCAACCCUAAAUGACACGGCCAAAGCCGCAGCCUACCGCGCAAAGUACGAUUACAGUCCAGCAAAUCAACCACCCACAGUUGUGGCCUGCGACACUGCCACAUCGGAUGUUUACUUUUCAGGCAACUUGCUUUCCGAGAGCUUUGGCAACUACACAGCCGUCCUCACCAAUGGGACAGGCGUGUAUUGCAGCAGUCAACAAGAAGACAAUGCAACCCUCGAGUCAUUGCUGCGGGCCGACUCUGCCGGUUUGGUAGACUUUUCAAGGAUCAUCAUCAUGCGUGCUGGUUCGGACUUUGAUAGGCCACCUCCAAGCGAGACUGCAGCCUAUCACCUGCUGGAAGCCAGUCAGAGUGGCACCACGCCAGCGCUCAAAAAUCUUUAUCUUGCUGGUGUACAGAUCAUAAAUGAUAUGAAGGGAAAUUGGACGGACUACAAACACGGCAUCAAACCAGAUAAUUACGUGGGAGAUAUUCUAAACUCAUCAGGCUCGACGACAGUUAUGGACUUUGGGUAA